GCGGACUCGGGGUGGGAGCGGGCGGCGGCGCGGAGCGAGCGGCGGGCGAUGGGCGAGGGCGCGCUGGCCCCGGGCCUGCAGCUGCUGCUCCGCGCCUGCGAGCAGGGUGACACGGACACGGCGCGGCGCCUGCUGGAGCCAGGAGGGGAGCCGGUCGCGGGGUCCGAGGCGGGAGCGGAGCCGGCAGGGCCCGAGGCGGCCCGGGCAGUGGAGGCCGGGACGCCGGUGCCGGUGGACUGCUCGGAUGAGGCGGGCAACUCGGCGCUGCAGCUGGCGGCGGCCGGUGGUCACGAGCCACUCGUGAGGUUCCUGCUGCGCCGCGGAGCCUCGGUCAACAGCCGCAACCACUACGGCUGGAGCGCGCUCAUGCAGGCGGCCAGGUGUGGGCAUGCGAGCGUGGCACACCUCCUUUUGGAUCAUGGAGCUGAUGUCAACGCUCAGAAUCGGCUGGGUGCCAGUGUGCUCACUGUGGCUUCCCGAGGGGGCCACCUGGGUGUGGUGAAACUGCUGCUCGAGGCAGGCGCCACUGUGGACCAUCGUAACCCUUCUGGAGAGUCAACAGCAUCGGGAGGCAGCAGGGACGAACUGCUGGGCAUCACAGCCCUGAUGGCUGCCGUCCAGCAUGGGCAUGAGGCCGUCGUACGCCUGCUGAUGGAGUGGGGUGCGGACCCCAACCACACAGCCCGGACUGUGGGCUGGAGCCCUCUGAUGCUGGCAGCCCUCCUCGGGAAGCUCAGUGUGGUGCAGCAGCUGGUCGAGAAGGGAGCCAACCCCGACCACCUCGGCGUGCUGGAGAAGACAGCCUUCGAGGUUGCCCUUGACCGAAAACACAGGGAUCUAGCUGAUUACCUGGACCCACUGACCACUGUCAGGCCGAAAACAGAUGAGGAGAAGAGGCGACCUGAUAUUUUCCACGCCCUGAAGAUGGGAAACUUCCAGCUGGUCAAGGAGAUUGCUGACGAAGACCCCAACCACGUGAACCUGGUCAACGGGGACGGGGCGACCCCACUGAUGCUGGCUGCUGUCACGGGACAGUUGCCCCUGGUACAGCUGCUGGUAGAGAAGCAUGCAGACAUGAACAAGCAGGACAGCGUGCAUGGCUGGACGGCCCUCAUGCAGGCCACCUACCAUGGAAAUAAAGAAAUUGUAAAGUAUCUGCUAAAUCAAGGGGCUGAUGUUACUCUUCGAGCCAAAAACGGAUACACGGCCUUCGACCUGGUAAUGCUGCUGAAUGAUCCUGACACUGAACUUGUUCGACUGCUAGCGUCUGUGUGCAUGCAGGUGAAUAAGGACCGAGGUGGUCGGCCCAGCCACCGUCCACCCCUGCCCCACUCGAAGGCCAGGCAACCCUGGAGCAUCCCCAUGCUGCCCGACGACAAGGGAGGCCUGAAGUCCUGGUGGAGCCGGAUGUCCAACAGGUUCCGAAAACUCAAACUUAUGCAGACACUGCCACGCGGGCUGGCUGCCAACCAACCUUUGCCUUUCUCUGACGAGCCUGAGCUGGCACUGGACUCCACCAUGCGGGCACCCCCCCAGGACAGGACUAACCACCUUGGGCCACCUGAAGCAGCCCAUGCAGCCAAAGACAGUGGCCCUGGGAACCCGAGAAGGGAGAAGGACGAUGUGUUACUGACGACCAUGCUGCGCAAUGGAGCCCCCUUCCCCCGGCUCCCCAGUGACAAGCUGAAGGCCGUCAUCCCACCCUUCCUGCCCCCGUCCAGCUUCGAACUGUGGAGCUCCGACAGGUCCCGCACGUGUCCCAAUGGGAAGGCGGACCCCAUGAAGACUGUGCUGCCCCCAAGAGCCAGCAGGGCCCACCCUGUGGGCUGCGUGGGCACAGACGGUGCUGCUGGCAGGCCAGUCAAAUUCCCCAGCAUCUCCAGGAGCCCCACGUCCCCUGCCAGCUCCGGGAACUUUAACCACUCGCCUCAUUCUUCAGGGGGUGCCAGUGGCGUGGGCAGCAUGAGCAGGCUGGGGGGAGAGCUGCAUAACCGCUCAGGUGGCAGCGUAGACAGUGUCCUCUCCCAGAUCGCUGCUCAGAGGAAAAAAGCGGCUGGCCUGUGUGAGCAGAAGCCCCCCUGCCAGCAGUCCAGUCCUGUGGGGCCAGCGACCGGCUCCAGCCCACCUGAGCUGCCAGCCUCCCUCCUGGGCAGUGGUAGUGGCUCUUCCAAUGUUACUUCCAGCAGCAAGAAACUGGACCCUGGCAAACGGCCUCCCUCUGGAACUUCUGCUACCUCUAAAAGCACCUCUCCCACCCUCACGCCUUCCCCCUCUCCCAAAGGCCACACUGCGGAGUCCUCAGUGUCUUCCUCCUCGUCCCACCGGCAAUCUAAGAGCAGUGGGGGCUCUAGCAGUGGCACCAUCACCGAUGAGGAUGAGCUGACUGGAAUCCUUAAGAAGUUAUCACUUGAGAAAUACCAGCCCAUCUUCGAGGAGCAAGAGGUGGACAUGGAAGCUUUCCUCACACUCACCGACGGUGACCUGCAGGAGCUGGGGAUUAAGACGGAUGGUUCCCGGCAGCAGAUUCUGGCGGCCAUCUCUGAGCUGAAUGCGGGCAAGGGGCGUGAGAGGCAGAUUCUACAGGAAACCAUUCACAACUUCCACUCUUCCUUUGAGAGCAGCGCCAGCAACACCAGAGCCCCUGGCAACAGUCCCUGUACGUGAGCCUCUAUGCUGUGACCUCAGUGUGGGCACUCUGAGCCUCAGUACCCCUUCACACAGUGCCAACCUGCUGCCCCAAACUGCCGCAUUACAUUGAACCAUUCGCUGUCCCCGCUGCCAGAAUAGCCCUGGUGGUACUUGUGCUGUACAGGACUCUUGUGUAGACCGAGUCUCACCUCCUGGCUCCGAAAGCACAGAGGCUCACCGUGGCCUUUUCCAAGCCAACCAGUGAGUGCCAUGUCAGUUAUCAGUGAGGUCUCAGGGUCCAUCUGGGUGGUCCCAGAGGACAGAAGCCAGUCCUUUGGGGCAGAUGUGGGCAUGGCAUAGUGGAAGGGGAAGGCGAUGGAAAAGUGGUAGCCAAUGAUAUCUGGACUGGGCUAAGUCCAUGGGGAAGAAGUGUCACUCGUUGCCAUGGAAUGGUAGCACUAGAAAUACCAUCUGCGGAGUGGGGCUGACCCUGGCUUAGCCACUGUUCACUGAGUAAUACCUAGCAUGCGGCUUCAUCUCCUGAGCCUUGGCUUUCCUCUGAGGUUCUCCAAGAACAGCUAUGCCAAGGUGCCAAAGUCAGCUGGAGGCCAGAAAGCUGCCUGUGCCCUGGAGCUGUGUAGAUGGGCAGGGUCUCGGAGGUAGUUACGUCUUUUAAAUCUGUCUCCUCCUCUCCUCCCUUUCUCUUCCUCUGUCCAUCUACAACAACAACCCAAGCCAUGGCCGGAUGGGUAAGGCCAGAAGAAACAGUGUCGAGCAGGAGGUAGCCACAGCUUGGGCGGCUCCGCUGGCCUCGGAGCCCUGAGGUGGUGAGGACUGAGCAGUGAACCCCCGCCCUUCCGCUGUGUCUGCUCCUGGGUUAUUUCUUCCCUGGGACUCACAGCAAGUGGACAGAGAGAAGGCUGGCUAGCCAGAUCCUCAGGGCUGAUGCAGUGGGCAGAGCCUGAGAAGCCACCUUUGCAGAGGCCUGAGAAUAUGCAGGCCGUGCUGGAUGCCGCACGGCUGCAGGUACAAACCCGAACCUGCAUGUGCAAGGACGUGCUGCCCUCCAGGCCUAGGACCCUUCCAGAAAAGAUGCUAUACCCAGUGAACCCCUGCAGAAGGUGUGGUGAAGCACCCACUGUGAACCCCUGCAGAAGGUGUGGUGAAGCACCCGCAGUGAACCCCUGCAGAAGGUGUGGUGAAGCACCCGCAGUGAACCUCUGCAGAAGGUGUGGUGAAGCACCCACUGUGAACCCCUGCAGAAGGUGUGGUGAAGCACCCACUGUAACUGCUGUUGCUUGUUUUACGCAGUCACCAACAGGUCCUCUUCAGCAUGUGAGGAAGCUCAAUGCUGUCCCUAAUGAAGCUGGUGCCCGAGUCUGCAGACUGCCCAGGAGAGGGGCCCGAGACCCUGGGAGUUUCCUGCUUAUUCACGUGAGGCCUCCAGAGAACAGGCCAGGCUCCCCCCUGCUCUUGAGACGCUACAAGCCUGGUCACAGCCAUGGUUGUAGUACAGCUGUGCACAAAUGGACAGUGAGGGGAGGGUGCAGGAGGGAGCUGUUGAUGAAGAGCCACGUUGGAAGAGCGCGCCAAGCCUGCCCACUUCACUUGUCUUCAGCUCCUUCCACCCCACUGGGCUUCCUUCCUGUGGCCAAAACCAUGCUUGCUGCUGGCCAAAGCCCUGCCGCUGAGUGGAGCCGACUCAGCUCAGAGCAACCUCCUGUGUCCCGUGUGAGCCUUCCCUCUAAGACCAGCAGACAGGGUCAUCUUCAUCAGGAUACCCCAGUGGCAGGACUAGAAUGACCUUGUCCCAGCUCACACUGGAGUACCCUGAAUGGUCAGAAGCCACGGCGCCAUCUUGCUUCAGCUCUGCAGCUGGUUCAUUUUUCUCUCAUCAGUCACAGCAUCAUUUCUACACAGGGACUCAGUCCUUGGAAAGAUUUUUGCUUGCCAGACCACGUCUAUUAAAAAUGGGGAGUCUGCCCCCUGUCUCUGUGCUCUCGAGGGCAUCACAUGCCGCCCGGGGUUCCUAUCAAAUAGCUAACAUGCAGGGUGUUCCCCUGCACUCCCUUACCCCAUCUCCACAGCAAGUGCUGAGGCAGCUGGAACCUUUUAUUCCGGUCAGUUUGGUGACUGUGACACACGAUGGUAACCCAGCUAAGGAGGGACACUGGUUUGGAUGCAGGUCUCACCUCAGAGUCGUCUUCCUGAUGUCAGCAACGAGUAACCCAGCCAGCAACCAAACACAAACAAAUGACACUUUGUCAUUUCCUCUUUGAGGUUCAUUUACAGUGGGGAGGGGGUGCAAAGUGCUAUAAAUGGCUUGGAGAUUCUUGUUUCUGGAAA